UAAAAUACAAGAAGCAAAAGGCCAAUCUUCACUUUUCUUUCUCUUCCACCCAUUGGUUCCUUACUUCUCUGUCGACGCUAUAAAUAUAGUAUUUCAGAGAGAGGAAUCCAAUGCUCAUAGAUUGAAUUUCUUUUUCUUCUUUUUUUCCCAAUCAAAUUUCAUCGCUUCUUCCCUGCUUUUAUCGAGGAAAGUAUGGAGUUGCCUGCAAUUGUGUUGGCUUUUACGUUUCCUUGAGUUGAUGUCUGGAUUCUGAAACGAAACAGUUUAAAAGAACUUUCCUUUUGACUUUUAAGGUAACAGAAACCCUUUUCUCUCCCGUUUUUUUCGAGGCUAAAUGUGAAUGCUUUAAAUGAAAAUACGACGUGAUCCCAGUUUUUUUCUUUCUUUUCUUUCUGACGUUUAAAGUUUGAGCCUUUACCUUCUAGUUCUUAAAAAGGUUCUCUCCCGAGUGAGUUUUUUUGUGGAUUCAAGUGAAGCUUAGAUUGCUAGAAUUGAAGAUUUGAGGAUACCUUUUUAGUGAAAAGCUGAGAUAUAUUCUUCGGAACUUUCAAGGGAUGAAUGCCUGUACUCUGUACUGUAAGCUUAAAAUAUAUACGCAAUUGUAGGCGUUGAAGAUUUCUGAAGUUGUUUAAGAUUUUUCUGUUUGAGGAAUGUGAUUGUUUUCCUGGAUUUUAUCAGUUAGUUUUGAUCAUUUUGAGGCUGAUUGGGUAAUGUUGUGUAAGGGCCGCUGAUAAACUAGAAAUUAGGAUUGGUUUGAGGUUAAAAAAAAUCUGAGAACCCUUGAUGAUUAGUGUUGCUAUAACAAAUUAGUUUUUCAGCCUGCAGUCAAUUUGCGUGUUUGUUGUCUAUUAUUCUUAAUCUAUGUCUGGUGCUCCAAGAUUGAGGUCAAUGAAUGUGGCCGAAUCUGAGGCAAGGCCUGUAUUGGGACCUGCCGGGAACAAGGCGGGUUCAUUAAGCGCCAGAAGACCAGUUUCAAAGCCUGUGAAAAAGGUUGGCAAGUCUCCAGUUGAGAGGGCUGUAGUAGAGGAGAAAAAAGCCCUUCCAUCGUCUACUGUUGAUUCUCUUUCACCAAAAACUCAUUCUGUUAGUGCUCCUUCAGUGCUGGGCCGCCAUGAACAGUUAUUGCAUUCUAACGUAUCACUGAAUGCUUCAUGUUCGUCGGAUGCUUCCACGGAUUCAUUUCACGGUCGAGCAUUGACUGGUAAGUCAAUUCGUUCAAAUUGUGUAGGAGGUAAGAGGAAGCCGUACAUGCCAAAACCGAGGAGUGUUGUUUCUGAUGGUCUGCAUCAGAAGAAGAGAUGCGCAUGGGUGACACCAAAUACAGAUCAAAUUUACGCUGCUUUCCAUGACGAAGAGUGGGGAGUCCCUGUACAUGAUGACAAGAAAUUGUUCGAGCUGCUUGUACUUUCGGGUGCACUGUCUGAACUUACAUGGUCUGCUAUCCUAAGCAAAAGACACGUAUUUAGAGAAGUUUUUAUGGAUUUUGAUCCUCUUGCUGUAUCGAAAUUGAACGAGAAGAAGUUAAUAACAUAUGGCAGCGCAGCAAGUUCUUUGUUAUCAGAUUUGAAGCUGCGAGCUAUUAUUGCGAAUGCACGUCAAAUAUCUAAGGUUAUCGAUGAGUUCGGGUCAUUUGACCAGUAUAUUUGGAGCUUUGUGAACCACAAGCCUAUUGUUAGCAGAUUCAGAUAUCCUCGCCGGGUUCCGGUUAAAACAGCAAAAGCAGAUGUCAUAAGCAAAGAUCUGGUGAGAAGGGGCUUCCGGAGUGUAGGGCCCGCCAUCAUCUACUCGUUCAUGCAAGCAGCGGGAAUAACGAACGAUCAUCUCACGAGUUGUUUCAGAUCCCAGGAGUGUAUAACAGCAGCAGAAGCAAAACAAGAAAAUGUAAUCGAAGAUAUUGCAACCGAAACAGAAUUAUCCAUGGCCAUUGAUGGAUUGAGUUUCUCCUCGGAAUGAUGUUGGUCGACGGCAGGCGUUCCAGUUUCGAUCAUCAUUUUACUGAAUUGACUGAUUCAAUAUACUCUUACCCUUGGGUAGUAAUGAAAGGUGGUUUUGCAUGUAAAGUUUUAAUGAAUACCGGUGAAAUGUGCCAUGUCUGUCA